GUUAUAAGAUUGUGAGAUGAGUAAUUUAAAUGGGCCGUUCAGUUGUGCUCUAACAAUUAAGGAGGGAUGUAAUUUUGUUGAUUGUGAUUUCUAUCUGUGAUAUUUUACUUAUUAUCCCUCAUUUAAUCAUAAUCAUGGCAAAUUUUAGUAAAUAUGUGACAAGACAGAAUGUUGCUGGUGCUGUAGCUAUUCCCAUUAUUUUAUAUGUAUUAAAAAAUCGUUUUAAGAAGAGUAAAAAACCAAGACAGCCAGCCAGGAAAAUUCUUCAACCUGAAGUUGAAUAUGUAAUUGGAGAGAAAACUCCAAUCAAAGUGAAGGCAUAUGUGGAUGCUAACUUUAUGCGCCAGCUUAGGUUUCUUUUGCGUAUUGGUGUACCUGGAUGGCUAAGUCCCGAAGCUGGUUUUAUGGCUUUGGUGGCUGCAUCGCUUGUAGCAAGAACUCUAUGUGACAUCUGGAUGAUCAGACAUGCAACUGUUAUUGAAGGUACGAUUGUGACCAUGGAUAAAAUGGGGUUCAGAUUCAACUUAUUUAAGUUUUUUGCUGCUAUGCCUAUGAUUGCUUUAGUCAACAAUAUACUUAAAUGGGGACUUGGUGAAUUAAAGCUUAGAUUAAGGACCAGAAUUACUCAUUAUUUGUAUGAUGAGUAUUUAAAGGGAUUCACAUUUUAUAAAAUGUCGAAUUUGGACACACGAAUUGCUAAUGCUGACCAACUUCUAACGACAGAUGUUGAUAAAUUCUGUGACAUGAUUACCAGCAUGUACUCUAAUAUCUGCAAACCUCUGUUAGACAUAUUUAUUUAUGUUUAUCGUUUAGCGACAAACUUAGGUGGACAGACUCCUGGACUUCUCCUUCUUUAUUUAUUUUUUGGAGGAAGUUUGUUGACAUACCUUCGAAGACCAGCUGGAAGAUUGACAGUUCAAGAACAGAAGCUAGAGGGUGAAUAUCGUUAUAUUAAUUCUCGUCUCAUUACACAUUCCGAAGAAAUUGCAUUCUAUUCUGGAAACAACAAGGAAAAGCUUACGCUUCUUACUGCAUUUCAUAAAUUGAAUAACCAUAUGAGGAAAUUCUUGGAAUUCAAAGUGUUGAUGGGACUUAUUGAAAAUAUAUUGGGAAAAUAUUUUGGAACAGUAGUUGGAUUUUUUGCUGUUAGUAUUCCCUUUAUGAAUGACAAGCAUCCUCUUCUUUCUAAUAAGUCCAAAGAUUUCAGAUUUAUGGAAUAUUAUACUAUGGGCAGAAUGAUGCUCAAGUUGGCUGAAGCUAUAGGGAGAAUGGUAUUGGCUUUAAGGGAUCUGAAUAGGCUAGCCGGUUUAACAGCUAGGGUGACUCAGUUGACAACAGUAAUUGCCGAUAUUAAUUCUGGUACUUAUCAAAGAACUAUGAUCACAAAAGAUAUGGAAAGUUUAGCUCCUGGUGCUGGUAAAAUUGUAGUACAAGAUAAGAUAAUAAAAUUCGAACAUGUUCCUCUUGUUACUCCGAACGGUGAUGUUUUAGUAAAGGAAUUGAAUUUUGAAGUGCGAUCUGGUAUGAACGUUCUAGUAUGUGGUCCUAAUGGAUGUGGAAAGAGUUCUUUGUUUAGAGUACUAGGAGAGCUUUGGCCCACAUUUGGAGGAACCUUAACUAAGCCUCCUAAAUCUAAGUUGUUUUACAUCCCACAACGGCCUUAUAUGUGUUUAGGCACUUUGAGAGAUCAGGUUAUAUACCCACACACAAAAGAGGAAAUGCGUAGGCGAGGUAAAGACGAUAAUUUGUUGACACAACAUCUUGAAAGAGUUCAGCUUUCAUAUCUACUUCAAAGGGAAGGUGGGUGGGAUUCUAUUGCCGAUUGGAUAGAUGUUUUAUCUGGUGGUGAAAAGCAAAGGAUCGCUAUGGCUCGUUUAUUCUAUCAUGCUCCUCAAUUUGCCAUCCUUGAUGAAUGCACCAGUGCUGUGAGUGUUGAUGUUGAAGGAUCAAUGUAUCAGUAUUGUCGGGAAACAAAUAUUACAUUAUUUACAGUUUCACACCGGAAAUCAUUGUGGGUGUAUCAUGAGUAUUAUCUCCAUAUGGAUGGUAGAGGUUCAUUUAUUUUCAAGAAAAUCGAACCAGAAACAGAAGAAUUUGGUUCUUAAUUAUUUUAUUUAUUGGAGUGAUUUACUUAAAUAAUUUUAACAUUAAAAAGAAAAGAAAAUCUCAAUUUAUCAGAGCCAUCUCUUGCAGGCAUAUAAUCAAAAACCAUGUGAUGGUUGAAUUAGGACAAUGUUAGUGUUACUAAUUUGUAAGUGAAUUAGUAAUGAAUAUGGUUCAGUUAUAAUGAACAAGUUUGUUAUGAAUAAUUCUAAACAGUUGACAGAUCUAAUAACUUGACUGCAUUCUAAAUGCUGCUGUGUGAUAUCUUGAUGAAUAUUAUCUUUUAGACAUUCCACUUAAAAUUAUUAGUUACAACUGUCCGCCGCUUAUAACCAAAUUAUUAAUUUUUGAGAAUGUUUUAACAGAAAAGAGUGAAUUUAACAAAAAAUAAAUAACAGAAAUGUUAGUAUACAAGCCAAAUAUUUGCAUCAUUCCAGACAAUCUUCAUUGUAUUAAUUUUUACAAAAUUUAUAUAUUGUGAUGCCCAUUUUAUACUUAAGCUUAUUCGUUUAUCAAACGUCUGCCUUAUCCAUACCUGCUAGUCAUAUUCAGAAUCUAUGAUGAAAUACAACUGAACAAACAUGUAAAUUAAAACUAUUUUCUUUUCUCUUUUGAGAAUUCAUUGUGAUGUUUUUAUAUAAAAUGUAAGAGUGAUGUAUAAAUGAAUUUAGUAAAUAGGGUUUGAAGAUUGUUAUUACUAUUAUAUUUGUUUUAUUUUUUGAACUUAUUAUUUGUUACUUCAGUAGAUAUUUUAUUGUAAUUAUAAUGUUCUUGAAAUGGCAAUAUUUCCCGAAAUUCUUGUAUUUAAAAUUGCAGAUUUUAUAUGUGCAUCUUCCAAAAGUGUGCGAUUUUAUGAUGCAGUGUUCCUUGUUUUAUUUUUAUUUAUAAAGGUAUUUCACCUAAAGAAUUUUUUUUUUAUCCACAGACCAUGAUCACCUGUUAAUUAUUAUGAUAAUUGUUAUUUAUAUAAUUAGCAAUAAAAUUACAUUCAACUAAUCAGAUGAAUUAUGACUUUUGUUAUAAUAUUAAUGUAAUUAAAUCAAACUAUUUUGUGGGAGAUCUUGGUUGACAUCUUACUAAGAAACUUUUAUUUUGUUUCUUUCUUCAAUAAAUUUUGAAAUAUACAAUUUUUGUUUUCUUGUAUUACCAUCAUUCAUUAGCCUCUCAUCUCGCUGGUAUGUCUUAGAAAUUUUUUUAUAAGAUGAGAAAUUUUAUGUUUAGUUCUACUAUUGUAAUAUAUUUUUUAUAAAUGUGUAUGGGUCAAAAAUAUAUUUACUCAAAAUAACUUAUUAUUACAAACCAUUUCGUGCAUUUUUUUUUUUUUUUUCAAUUUCUUGUGUUAAAUUUUAAAAAGUUUCUUGUUUUAACUGCAUAAAUAAAUCCCACUUAGAUCUUUUGAUGAUUUACUAUUAUUAUUUUUCAACUUUGUUUUUCCAUUCACACCUGUCAGAAAUAAAUUCUAAGGAAGCAAUCUGAAUCUUUUUGAAUGAUAGAGUAAUGAUAUAAUCAUUACUUUAUUCGUUUGUCCAGCCAUUUUCAAAGAACAUUAAGCAUAGAAAUCAAAACCAGUAUAGAAUAUCAAAACCACCAAAUUCAUAUGUUUUUAAAUAUCAAAACAAAUUUAUUAAUUAAUAAAAAUUGAAAAUUGAAUUGGCUGUUUUUAGAAUUCUAUUGCCUAAAUUAGAUAAACC